AUGUAUAACGCACUUGUGUUCGUGUUCAUUACUGUGGUUUUAAACGGAAAUCCUAUAGUUCACGCUUUCAGGGAGUUUAAUGUGAAUGGUGCGGUGAAGAUUUUGGCGUUGGAAAACGAAUGGAUAGACAUACAAUGUAAGCAAGAUACCCCUAUGGCUUAUUGCGGCUUCGUACACCCCAGCGGCAAGCGGUUCUCAUUCUCAGGUAGGGAGCUGACAAACGGACACUGUGCCAUACCCAUCAAGGCGACUCGGCAGGACGUGGGCGAGUGGAGAUGCCAUAUAGGAAGAAAGCUUACAGGUGUAGAAGAUCAGCAGAUAAUCGAGCUUCGUGUCGUCGACAAGCUAGCCGCAAUACGCAACAACAUAACAACAGUUCAUCGAAAAGAUGUGACAUUGGAGUGUGCGACCACCGAGGGUUAUAAACCACUGAGUUACUGUCGUUUUGAGCCCCCUAAUGGCCCGCCUUUUAGUAUCGACUCUGCUAUAAACUAUACUACACCAAUACUCGGCCGCUACUAUUUCCCACAAAACAAGAGCUUGGAUCGAGGAGAUUGUGCUGUGACCAUCCGGAAGGUGAAAUACGAGGAUGUGGGCAUCUGGACCUGCGGAGCUGGUCUCAGUGACGGGAACGAGUAUACGGACACAGUGGAGCUGAUUGUGGAAGGCAUAUACACCAUGUCAACGGCAUCAGCCACGGGGGUGACCUUCGGCGCAAUAGGCAUUGGGGCCUUCCUGCUCGUCCUGGGGUACCUUGGCUGGAAGAAGAGAAGCUUCCUCGGGGCAGCGCCGAGGCAGCAGGGGCACGACGACGGGCACGAGAUGGGGGAAAUGCCGCAGGCCCAGCACUCCCCACAAAGUAGAAGAUCGUCCAUCAGCAGACACUCGCCGCAAAUCCGCAGAGUGCCCAGUGUGGUCGUCCAAUCACCAUCACUGCCGUCAGAGACGGGCUCGCCUCUCAUAACCACACAAGAGACGAUCAAACCAUAG